CUUUAUUGUACCACAACCUAUAAUUAAGAAUCACGCGUCGCGCGUACAUUUUCACCCCAACACCUUCGCGAAUUCUUCCAUUGUACAUCCAGAUCAAUUAUUCUUCAUCCUCAUCGCUUAACUGUACAAAUGGCAUCCAACACUGAGAAACUCCCAUUCUACGCUAGUUGUGAUGUUGCCGAUGCAUUGUUGGCGUUGAAAGUUACCAAUGCAGGUUAUAUCCCUGACCUCCAUCUCUGGAGUCCUCAGUUUAAGGCUGGCUAUACUCGCAUCUUUGGUCCUGCUUAUACUGUUAAGAUGGUCCCUGUGUCAGAUACAGAGGCACCCAAGCCAGACCAACAUUUUGUUGACGCUAUUCCUGAAGGAAGCAUUGUUUGUAUUUCGCAGCCUUCAAAUUUGGUCAAUGCCGUCUGGGGCGGACUAAUGACAGCACGCGCGCAGAUCAGAGGCGCACUCGGUGUGGUUGUUGAUGGACGUAUCAGAGACUUGAAUGAACAGCGUGAGGCUGGAUUCCCAGUUUUUGCAAAAGCGACGUCCAUCAUGGGUGCUGGCCCUUUCACGCGUGCCACCACUCUUAAUAUCCCAAUCACGAUGCAACCAAACCCUGACCAUCCUGCCGUGACCAUCCAUCCAGGAGACUAUGUUGUUGCAGAUGCAGACGGCGUUGUAGUGAUCCCCAAGGAUUUGCUUUCGCAAGUAGAGGCUCAAUGUAAAAAGUCAACAGCUGUAGAUGAUCAAUGCAUGACUGCGCUCAAGUCUGGUGAGAGCAUCGUAGACACUUUCAAGAAAUAUCGCGGAUAAAGAAUAAAGCAUUUGUGCUACAUGUUUCUUCGUCAUGGGCAACUGAUAAUGCUUGUGCAUGUG